AAAGAGGAAGCGAAAACGCUCUAUUUCCGCUGCAGCAGUGUGAACGGGCACGUCAAAAAAGAAAGGAAAAUGUGGACAGUUCGGACAAACUGAGGCGAGAGAAGGAACAUCUAAGAACAGACCAUCUUUAUUGAGCUCCGUUGCCAAGAAGUGGUUAUUAUUUAAAGUUAGCAGACAAAAAUUUGACAGUUUAAGGGUCGUUUCGAGGUUAACUUGCCCCCCUUGUUCUGUUCGCUUUAGAGGAAGCAGCUCGGCUAGCCAGCUGAAUUAGAUAGCUCGCUCGCUAGAGAUGGGGACGAGAGCAAGUCGCCUGCAGGAAGACCCGGUUCCCCCUGCUUUCGGAAAAGAUGGCACAAAGCGGGAUUCCUAUAGGCGAACCCGCUGUACCAGGCCCACCAGUCUUAUGGUCGACUUCUCGGGGAGCUUCGAUGACACGGAGGCCAACCGAAGCCGAUCAGAGGAGGGCAGUGACUCGGACCUGGGGCAGCAUGGGGCGAGCGCCGACGGCAGCCCCGCUGACCACCACAGCACCCCCUCUAGUAUUAGCGAAGCGUCUCCUGCGGACGACAACAACAGCGAGGGGAAACCCGAGGACGACGGUAAUAUAAGCCCGGAGCGUCCAGUGGUAGAUGAACACCAGUCCGGUGAGGAGACAGGCCGCACGCCCCACCGCACUUUUUCCGAGCGGCUGCCCGGGAAUAGGCACUCUUCCGCCCGCAGCGUGGGCGCAAGAUCCGCCCGGGUUCGAGGCACACACCAGCGGCCGGUUUCGGAGGCUUGGAUCGGCCUUUACCGUGUUAACAACCGUCAUGGGAAUAUCCGCUGUCCUUUCUGCUCCAAGCCCUUCCCCGGGGGUCGGAUCGAGGAUCACCUGUUGAGCUGCCUCACGUCUCCUCCCCUACCAUACAAUACGGAUGUGCUCAGUAAAGACAGCGGCGAAUGCUCCAUCUGUUUGGAGGAUCUGGUACAGGGAGAGACCAUCGCCAGGCUGGCUUGCCUCUGCGUCUACCAUAAGAGCUGCAUUGAUUGCUGGUCCAAGGUGAAACCCUGCUGCCCUGAACAUCCCUUCGAUUGACUUGCGGGUUACAUUAAUCUGCACAGUGACCAACCCGACUCAGGAGACUACACUGAAUCCCAAUAAAAUCCCCCCAAAAAUGUGUAAUUGAACAAAUAAAAGCACACAGUCCGUCACCGACACAAAGCUAUAUUUGAGUGGAGAACAAACGAUCCUAAGAAGAAGCUCCUGUUAGCGACAACCAGCGUUCACCAAUUGGAUCAGUCAAUUUCAACUUGGUCUAGGCCUUUUCAAGCCAAACACCAACAGUAAUAACAGUCACUCUGUCUCCGUCUAAUCUCUGGUUGGAACACAAGUCGGGGAAGUUCCAUUUCCAUGUUAAGGACUUUGCUUGAAUCCGAAGAACAUACAAUUUAUAUAUAAAUGUGUAAGUCCAAUAAGCAGUAUCAUCCCAGAACAAUGGAACUCUCCCCAGAAAGAUCUUGAAUCUGGGGAAGAACACAAAAAAGUGACUGUGACUCUGGAUCCUCUACUGUGUAUUUUUCUCUCUCUCACCAAACGGAAUUGUUCAUUUUAUCAAGUAUUUUGCAGAAAGAGUGUUGUUCCAUGUCCUACAUUGGAUGAAUGUUUUUGUUCCUCGGCUAACCCCAAAUGAACCAACCUCACACCGGAAGCGUAACCACAUAAACGUUGCUUUAUUUUGAACCGGCUGAAGGUUGAAGGCUUGUUUUGCUGAAAGGGGGCUGCCGUUACUAGGGGUUUUCUUUUUUUUUUACCAUUACCUGUAAACAUUUCAGGGAAAGUUUGUGGGCUAUUUUUUUUUUGUAGGUCAGUUUUUUUUGUAGGUGUUUAGUUAGCGCUGAGUUUAACAUGCUGCUACUUGCUGGGUUUUUAGGAAGAUUGUAGGUAUUUCAUAGGGCCAUGGUAGCGCUGGUGUUGCCACCAAUUUGAGCACUUUUGUCCUUCAGGCUGAUUUAUUUUUUAUCUUUUUCACAUGAGGUUGUGUGUGGGUUUGUGUGUGUGUGUUCGUGUUCAGGAAAGUGUGUGUGCCCAGAAGUCUGCUUGAUAAAGCGGGUUACCUUUUUUAAUGCUAGAUGUUUGUGCUGGCAAACAUCCUGUUGCACGUGGCAUUGGUACGCAACAUGGCAUUCUGUCCCACUAACUCCCUUCUCCCCCCUCAUUCUCAAAGUCUCUCUGGGGUGUAGUCCGGAUUUUUUUUGGACCAGACCCCAAGCGACAAUUUUGCCAUCUGGUUACAUGAAUGCCAGAUCAAGGAGGGAUAAAGGGAUGGAAUGAGGGAUGGAUUUUUGGGGGCAUGUUUACACAAAGUGGCAUCUGCCUCUCUCCAACACUGGAGGCUAUGGACAGCUGAUGAUUAAUUAUUACAUAACUAGCCCCCACCCCUUUCCCUUGUUUUAUUUUUUAUUUUUUAGAUAUCUCAUCACAUUAUGAUCAUAACUAUUGCUAAAUGUGUUAAACGACUUCCCUUUGCCAUUUUGUGUGUAUGUUGAUUGCCUUUGCCUGGUGAAGGUUUUUUUUGUGUGCAAGCAUGUAUUUGAAGUGUUUUUUUGGGCUGAACUGAGGUGCAAGCCCAACAGUUAAGCUGCUCAACAGAUGCUGUCUGAUACAGGUUGUACACAGGCCAGGGGAAAGAACAAAAACAUGAAUUGAUUGCUUUCGCUGCCUGUUCCAUGUGUUUAAAUUUCUGUGCUCACAAGUGGUAUGGAUCCGUUUGGUGGUUAGCCCAGUGCACAGGUUCCCUACUGGCUAGUUUGUUCACCCCAACCUGUCUUCCUUUUUUAUUCUUCUUAUUUUUCCUGUUCCCUGAUGUUCUGCAGUCCGAGGUGCUACGACUUCUCCGGCCACUAGAGGGCAGCCCUGUGCAUGUUUCUUAUUUUUUGUAUGUUGGAGAAUAAAAAAAUAACGCCAAAAGUCCGUCUGUGCAUUUGGGGGCAUUGUGUGAGAGUGCAGAAGACGAGGUGCAUUGAUCAUUAGAUGUUACAUUUAUUGUGGUGAUAAUUUGUGAUGUUGUAUACUUUGGCUGGGAGAAAUGGGGGUGUUUGUCUGUGUGUGUUUGGGGGGGGAAGGGUUUGGUUGUGGUGGUGGUUUGGUUGUCGAUAAGGAUAAUAGACAAUCUAAAAACCCCACAUCACUCUUUAUUUACUUUCUUACCCCCCCCCUCUAAGCUGGUGUGGUGCAAUACCUCAAUCUUUACCAAUGCUUACUAAAUACUCUGUGUUAACUAGCUCCUCUCCAACCAAGGACACCUUUUUGUAUAAAUGUCCCUAAAUCCUUGGUCUGGGAUUAAAGGGCACUGAUCCUCCGUCUGCCCUGUGCUUGAGGUCAGUGUAUUAGAUGAAAAUCUGCAGCCCCAAGAUAUGGACAAUCUGCCUUUUACUGUGGUAUAAAAAAACAAAUUAAAUUUUAUUUAUUAAAUUGUAAAUAAGUAAUGCAAUUUAAGAAAAUGGCUUGGUCUUUGUCUGCUCAUUAUACUGUUUCUAAGCUCCAAUCUUUUGUAUGUCUCAGAAAUCGUUUUUAUAUGUAUUUUUUACAAUAAAUAUGUGUGAGAGA